AUGGAAAAUUGGCGACAAUUUUGCGUGCAGUAUGCAAAAUCGGUGGCACUUAAAUUUGCCGAGAACUGGCGACAGUUUUGUUCAAAGAAUAUUAAUAAUGUGUCUGCUGACGUCAUUGUCAAACAAUUUACUGAAACACUUAGCGAGGAACUCAACCAGCAUCUUACUCUAUCAUCAAGUGCUCCAGUUUGUUGCGAACUUAUCGACAAUGAUUCCGCGGAACAACCAUGCACGUCACUUCAAAGCUCAAGCAAAAGACCAGCUAGUAUCGCUGAUAUGAGUUUUCUAGUCCGGUCGUGCAAAGAGUUUUCAUCUUUGCGCAAAAAUUUUGAAUUAGCUACACACAAUCGGACUUCUUCACGACCAUCAUCAACGCGGCUUUCCUGGCUACGGUCGAAAUUUUCUUCUAAAAGAAACGUUGAAGUAAUCAAAGAAGCUCAAUUAAGGUUCAUUAGCGGGUUGGAGUUGGAAACGAAGGAGUGGCGCAAAUGCCGUACGUGUCUUGUGAAAACUGCUGGUGGAUCUCUGCUUGAAUUUUAUUCCCCUCCAAAGAGCACUCGAGCUAAAACGGGUAUCUUUUGCUUUCUUAUCAUGGAAAUUCGUGAAGCAACGCGACUGGAAUUUGAAGACGCGUCAGAAACAAUAUUCGUGAUCCGUGCUUUCAAUGGUGUUGAAUAUGCUGUGGAAACUAGGAGCCGUGAUGAUUGUGAACAGUGGAUCAAUGCAAUAAAGGAAAGCAUUCCUGGUAUUGAGUGGAACAGCUCAAACAGAAUGAUACGUCAACCUUCAGCUCCUCCAAUUGGUAUGCGAUUUCAUGGAAAGCGACCGUUUUUGACAUCACGGUCGCUAAGCAAUGUCCCAGCAAUGGUGAAUACAGUACUCACGGAUGGCCCAACUACUACUGUUGCAAGUUUGCAUAUUCAGCGACUGAGCAUGUUCCCAUGGUUUCAUUUACAUUUAUCCCGAACCGCCUCUGAACGGCUUCUGUUAUAUAAUGGAGUGGACGGUCAUGGCUUAUUUUUGGUAAGGCAAAGUGAAACUAGGCCGGGUGACUUUGUGCUUUCAUUCAACUGCGGUGGGAAGGCUAACCACGUUCGUAUUAAUAUGCUCCCAAGUGGCGACUGUCGUGCCCAUCAACUUCGCUUCCGAUCAGUAGUGGAACUUCUUGAACACUUCCGUAAUAAUCCUAUCCCGCUUGAAAGUCUUUCAAAUCCUCCGAUGUUUCUUCGCGAGUAUAUUAUUUGUACGUUACUUUACUUUUUAAGUAAGUUCAUUAGGACGGCUGAAAAUAGAUUAAUAAUACAGGCUUCAUCUAGUAGUUGUUGGCGCCGCCGUUCACUGUUACUAUCAGAUGACCAAGUUGAUAUCCGUGACUUCCUAACUUAUUCCGGACCGGUAUCUAUGGACAUAACAGAUCUUGAGAAACUGGUCAUAAAGGAGUUGACAGCGCGCCGUCAACGCGCCUCCUUCCGGACUUUAAGUGUUAAUAGGUACAAAUUUGUUUGA